AUGGACCCAACGGAAGCCGAGCUGCAGGCGAUAACAACGCUCCAGGAAGCCCGCCAAUGGGUGGGUAUUGAUGGAAGACUGGAAGCCGCAGUGCAGGGGGCCUUGGGGGACCCACAAAGGGUGCGAGAGAUCGCGCUUAUCCCUAGACAAUUAUGGGAUACUACAAUGGCCGCACUGCAGGUGGAAGAGCCCGGCGCUGCAGAUGGUGAUCCUCCGGUACACCGGGAUCUUUCUCCAGUCGAGGUGGCAAAGCUGGAGUCUUUGAGAAGGGUCUGCAAUCUCCGAGUGGGACAACCUGCAGAUGACCGUGGGACAGUGUUGCCUGUGGCUCCGGCAGCCCCGGGUCCCCUCCUACCACCCGCUGGUGGGGGGCCUGCUGGGCAAGCUGGGCCUCGGCGCAUUAAGUUGUCCGCGGUCUUAGACCCGACACUAGACGCGGACAUCGUGCCGCUCACAGAGGGUGAGGUCACCCGAAUGUAUGACGCUUACAGGUCCAAGUUCGGAGAUUUUCCGACGGACGACGCAGACGUCAGUCGAGAUCAAUUGGCAGCAGUCCGACAAGUGGUUCAGGCAAAUGCCUGCCCAUACGCCGACUUCUCGGUGUGGGGUCCUUUUGGACAGCGGUUACUGCGUAAGCAGACCUACCUGGCAUACCACUUGAAUCCGACCACGGGAGAUUGGAUCCGAAAGGAACAACCGGGACCGGAUUCAUUCCACUCCUGGUACAAAGCCUGGAAGUGCUAUCGCACCGCCCUUCUACUAACAGAGGCGUGCGAGGCGGAACGCCUGGAUGCCUAUUCGGAAAUGAUCCGUAGCUUCGUCCAACAGUAUGGCGAAGAGAUGUGGAGCUUCGUCAGCCGAGCCGACUCGAGGAUGCGGUCCGAGCAGCUGGAUAGAAUCCGUCGGCGUCUACGUGCCGACCCGAUGUAUGGCUACCAGGAGGGCACGCCUUGGUCAGCCUGCUUUGCUGCAGCGGUGCGCGAGUCUGAGUUUUGGCAGAGAGAGCUGGCGACCCCCCUCCUGAUGUUUGUGGCCCGCAACAAAAGGGAGCCAGCGUCUGAGAGCAAGCCGGACGAUCGCCCGACGAAUGAGGGUGGGCCAAAACGCCAGAAGGUAAGGGCAAAUCGUCGCUACACCGGUGAAGACCGCUCCAAGAAGAACCAGGAGGGGCUCUACAGUUUGAACAGGAAAGGCAUUGAGAUAUGCCACCUGUACAACCAGGGCAAGUGCGGCUCAGAGAAGGCACAGGGAAAAUGCCGCAACCAGAGAUCUCACCAGUGCAACAAGCCGCUGGAAAAGCCACCAAGAAGAGAAGAAGGUACAGAGUCAGCAGGAGCAGAACCCGCGCCGGCCAAAAGGCCCAAGACCACGGCUUACCGGGAACCAUCGGUGCCAAAGGGGGGCUCAGAUGGGCCGACCGCUUCGUCGGCUUCGAAGCCACCUCGACCCAAGAACCAGGUUGAGGUCAAGAGCCACAUCACUGUGGAGUAUGGAUGCUGGUCCUGCAAAGGUGAGGACAUCAAUGUUGGGAAGCCGAUAGCCCUGAUCCUCUUCUCCGGAAGAUCCCGGCCGGGAGACCUACACAACCAGCUGGUGAACCUGGGCUGGAUCGUGUGCUCCGUAGACAUGGCAGCACCCAUCAAAACCAACCUCCUGGACGAUGGGAUCUGGGAAAAGAUACUGGCCGACAUCCGCUUGGGGAUGUAUGAGGCCGUCUGGGUGGCGACCCCUUGUGGCUCAUUCUCACCACUGAGGGAGAAUCAGCCGGGCCCCCGGCCGCUUCGCACAGUCGAGAAGAUACAGGGCAAGCCCAAAGAAGAGCUCACCCAAGGCGAGCAACGCCAGCUGCGGGAAGCCAACGUGCUGGUUAGCAGGUCCGCAACAGCGGGGAUCACGCAGGUGGAAGCCGAUCGCAUAUUCGGUUUGGAAAAUCCAGACCAUGGGCCAGACCGGCCGUCGCUUUGGUUGAUGCCCAGCAUCAAGAAGCUGGAGGCCUGUGCAGGAAUGAAAUCGGUCCACUUCGAUCAAUGCCGCACUGGCUUAGAAACAACUAAGCCAACGAAGAUCAUACUGCACAAGGCCGAGUUGGAACAGCUGGAUGGGCUAAGGUGCAAUCACCCGAAGAGGACCUUCGAAAAACCGGACGGCUCCAAAUACGAAGCCUCCCACCAGUCAGCAGUGCAGAGAUGGGUAGUUGGCCCCGACGGCAAGCGUGAGCGAGCCUCUCGUUCCCAGGGAGAAUACACCGCGGAACUUUCCGAGGCCAUUGCUAAGGAGGAGCCCUUGGGUCCGGCGUUGAAGGAGGGCCCAAUCAAAGAGAGGGAAAUGGAAAACCUCCACGCAUUGGGAGGCAUGCGGAACCCUCACCUGAGUGCCCAGCGGUGGCCACAGUCGGGGACACCCGGUCAGAUGGUCCGGCUGCUGUUCAGGAAAGCCCAGGAGCUGUGGCCAAACCUCAGGGACACCGCAAGAGCCAUCCUGUCAGGAGAACGCCCCCCAGAACUGCCAGCGCAGAUAGUCAGCUUGGUGAGGAGCACAACCAUCACCUUGCUGGGCGGCGAUAAGGAGUCUUGUCGCAGACGCACCGCAAAAGCCACUACCCCUAUCAGCUCCGAAGUGAUGGCGGCCUGGGGAACAGCAACGUCUGACCCCGACGCAGCGACCCUUGCGAGCUGGUUGGAUCACGGAGCCCCCUUGGGUUUCAAUUGCCCAAUUGAGACCAGGGGGGUCUUUCCGCAGGUCGGUCCCCCGGUCGACGCCCCUGACGACUUGCAGGUCGAGACAGAGCUGAGGGAAUGGCAGAAUUAUAAGUCGGCGGAAGAGGAGCGAGAAGACCUCGACAAGCUCAUCUCCGAAUAUGUGGCGAAGGGUUGGUGCCGGCUCCUCCCUAGCAUAGAAGCGGCCGAAAUCGAGCUGGGCGAGAAGGUCACCCUGAACAAGCUCGGGGUUGUCGUGAAGUACACGGAGUCAGGCACCAAGAAGUCCAGAGUUGUCUGGGACGUUCGAAGGAGCGGGGCGAACGCAAAGUGUCACCAAGCCGAACGGAUCGUACUGCCAAGGUUGACAGACCUAGCAGCCGCAGCCACGAGAGCAUACCGAUCAGGUAAGGAGCCCUGGCUGGUUGCAUUGGACGUCAGGGAUGCGUUCCUGAACAUCCCCGCAGGAAAGGACAAGGCGUUCACUGUGGCAGCCAAGCCGGGGGCGGACGGACUGAAUCAGGUCAUCGUCUGUGACACGCUGGUGUUCGGCGCAAAGUCGUCGCCAACGAUCUGGGGCCGCUUCGCGUCAUUGUUGGGGCGCUCAUGGGCUUCGAUCGAGCCGGCAGUGCGGGCACAGAUCUACGUAGAUGACCCGGCAAUGGUGAUCGAAGGCUGCAAAGAAGAGGCCAUCUCUGCCCUUACGAACAUUCUGCUGUGGGCGGGUGUCCUGGGCUUCCCUCUCAAACUCAGCAAAGCCGAGGGUGGAAAGGCCAUCCGAUGGAUUGGGGCCAUCAUCAAACUGCAUGACGACAGCAAGGAAGUGGAGGUGACGAUCCCUCUCGAAAGGAAGAAGAAACUCCUCGAAGCCGUUAGAGAGGUAGCGAGCAAGCCCAUUGUGUCGAGAAAGGCAUUGGCUUCGCUGGCAGGAGGACUCUCUUUCGUCGCAGGUCUAGUGCCACAUCUGCGACCCUUCUUGGAUUCGUUUUGGGCUGCGCUUUCGAGUCCGUCCAGGGGUGGCAUCACGAAUGACGGAGCCAGUGCGCAUUCCGGAAGGCUGAUCCACGUCCGGAGGAUCGAAAAGGCGCUCCAAUGGGUGGCGGCACUCCUAGGCGAAAGAGAGGUUCCGCUAGUGCGGAUUUUCAAAGUGGCCCACCCGGAGGUGACGGCCGAAAUCACCACGGACGCCUCUCCUUGGGGGUUAGGCGGAGUCCUGCGCCUUAACGGAAACAUAGCAGGAGCGUUCGCAGAGCAACUAUCUACCGAGGUCCUCAACAAGUUCAACGCAGUGAAAGGCGACCCGAAACACACAACGCUUUGGGAAGGCCUGGCGCUGCUGGUAGCUUUCAGGCUGUGGCUCCCUGGACUGGGCUUUGGUGCCGUGGUCCGGGUGAAGUCCGAUAGCCUGAGCUCCUUGUUGAUGCUUUCAAAAGGAAAGGCGAAAUCCUUAGAGCUGAACUGCAUAGCUCGGGAGAUCGCGUUGGACCAGGCACUCCAGUUGUACAGGCAACUCGAAAGAGUCAGCCUAACGCCAGUCACCAUUGGCGAGGGCUUCUGGAAGGUGAAGCGGUUGACACAACUAGCUCGGAAAAAUCUUGCGGCGGGAGCUGGUGGGGGAUCAUACCGGCGGCUUCCCCUGGGUCAGGGUUUGUCCACUCAGUCUGCCGCAGAUGGGGAGGUUCAAGCGUUCCUUACAGGGGGAGGACCGUAUGUCCGGCCCACUCUCCCCCCGCCGAAAAGGGCGGGUGUUUUGCACGAAGGGUUUGCCAUUGCACCCGCCUUGCAACACGCUCUUGGGGAGUCGCCCGUUCCUGCUCCGGCCCUCUCGGAGCCCGGGAGGGCAGGCGAACCAAGAGGAUACGGCCGAGGCUCAGCAGCCAUGGCGUUGGCGGCCGUCGGUGACCCAACCGCUUGCAUUGCACGGAUUUGGGACGACGCUAGUGCUAGUUCCUCCAGGGGCCCGUUCCAGUCCAGGAAACAACUCUGGGAGAGCCUGGCGCGAAAGGCAGGGGCACAAGACCCCUUCUGCCUGACUCCGAAUAUCAUAUUCACGGUCAUGGGUGCAUUGAAAACCGCAGGGUACCGCAGUGCAGAGCAGUAUUUAGACGUAGCAAAGGCGAUCCAUGUGUCUUUGGGACACGGCUGGACAGAACAGCUAGCUCAGGCGAGAAGGCUAGCCAUAAGAAGUGCGCGCAGAGGCCUAGGUCACCCCAAACAAGCAGGAGGUCUCCCUCUCGCCAGUUUGGGGAAUUGGGCCAACCAGCAGGAGCCGCUGGCAGCAGAAGGCCCAACAUGGCCGGCGAGAGCAGCCUUGCUGGCAUCAUGGUGGCUACUUCGCGAAAUCGAGGCAUCGCGAGCGAGGAAAAGCCACAUCUGUCAGGACGUUGCGGAGCUCAGGAUCACCUGGCGCCUUCCGUCGUCCAAGACGGACCAGGCGGCACUGGGUGCAUACCGUUCUCACCGGUGCUCCUGCGAGUUUGCCCCCUCGAGCAUUUGCCCGUACCACCUAAUGGCAGCACAGCUUGAGUCCUGGCCCCCAGGUGAUGGCAAGCAUUGGCUGCCAGGAGGCGCCAUUGGCACAACUGGACUCUUUGGCAUUGGAAGCGUCCGCCAAGAUGUCAAUCCAGGAGGCCAAGCUCCAGCUACAGGACCUGCUGCGGCGCUCUUCCGAGUCACGGAGGAGCUAGUCCUCAACCUGAAUGCCGGGGGAAAGUUGCAUCGCCCACUGAUCAGCAACAUCGAAGAUCACCCUCGCGUUUGGCGGACAAAGUGUGGCCGGUGGGAAGAAUUAGAGUCGGACGAAGUGUGUCAAGUGGCACCGAAUGCUGUCAACUUCUCCAAAUCGCCCGCCCUCAACCGCCCUAAGUGCCACACCUUUCCCGUGGUGGGAAUCAGUGCUUCCAUGAGGUUGGAACACCCGCGGUUUCUUGACAUUGCAACGCUGGAUGUGAGUGGCCGUACGGCCCUUCACAUUGCUGCACAAAAUGGCCAUGCAGAUGUUUGCAAAGUCGGAGGCUCGGGUGGGGAGUUUUGCAUAGCGAUGGACAUUUCCCUGGCUGUGGCCUAUUUCAUGCCAAGUGGUUUUGGGAUGAAACUCUCCAGCUCGAAGGUUUGA